AGGAAGGAGGAGGGUCAUUAUCCCCUUUGAGGGUGGAGCAAAAGGGGAGGCUAAGAAAGCGGAUGAAGCAUUUGAAGCUCAUAUUGACAUGUGGCUCUGUAGGCUCCUGUGUGCACAGCCAUGGAUGGUGUGUUGGAAGGCGCGGCUGUGUUGUGUGUAUGUAAACUGGCCUGCAGUCUACUCUUCCUGCCCUCAAUGGCCGACUCCUACAGUGCUGUCAGUUUCUGCUGCUGCUGCCUCCUCGUCUUCACAGACUUCCUGGUCACAGCUUUUCUGAGUUGCCUUUGCAUCUUUGACUCUUGGCUGACUGACUUGACUCCAUCAGGGGAUUUUAUUGCCCUGCGCUUCCUGCUCUUUCUCAGCCAAACCUAUGGAGCGGUGCUGCUCCUGACCGCACCUCUGAUCGCUGUGGAGACUGUGAUCAGACUCCUGUGGCCCUGUGUUGUCGUCCCUCUCAGGACAGCGAGGCGGACAGCAGGCUCUGAUGGACAGUGUUGUGAUGGGAAGGAGGAGGAAGAGGAAGACAGCAGCGGCUCAGAUGAAGACAUACGGUCUCAUGUUGUCGGCUACCUCUGCUGCCUGUCAGUGUGGGUCAUUGUCGCCCUCAAUGUCAGGGGGCAAUGGAAGCUGGAGGAAGUGUGGGCUGCUGCCUGUCUCCACACAAAUAGCUCCCUUGUCAGAUGUCUGCCCAGCCUCUUCAGCCCCAUUCCUAGCGGCAUAAAUCUCUGCUGGUCCAUGGGCUUCUUCCUCCUUCUGCUCCUGCUGACCACGAGCAGCACAGGCCUUCAAAGGAGAUGCCAAGGCCAUUCGCUGAUGUUCAGAGUCUUCAAUAAAGGCGACUGUCACUGCCAAGAACUCAUUCCAGAGUUGUCUGCACCCCUCAAGCCUGUAAAACCAGGGAUGUUGGUGUCUAAGCCAGCACAGCAUGUUGACCCAGAGAAAACAGAGAGCAGCCGUACUGUUCAUACAGCCUGGAACAGCUGGCAGAUGUUGACAUGCAACCAUGGAGACUUUGUCCUUAUUUCCCCAAUGUGUUUGUCUGGAAAGAAGGGAAGACAGGAGCAAGAAAUGGCAAGGAGAGAUGUAUCUGUGGCAUUUAUCACAGAGGAAAACGUGGACUCACAGUGCAGGAGCUGGUGUGGGUGGCGACAGUGGGGUUUUCCCUGCCUCGGGGUGAAUGUAAUGAUAGGGUUGGUAUGUGUGCUCUCCAUAUUUGUGCUGCCUCUCAACCUAAGCGUGAAUGUUGUUCUCGUCAGGACUAUUGAGACUCUGCUGGAGCUGUGUAUCAAAUCUUUACUUUCAUCAAACAUAGCGGCAAACACAAGAGACACGUCUACCUCUGGUGAUGAAACACUCAUUUAACGCCAAACAAAUGAGGAGAGAAAGUGGAACCUGAUUGGUCGCCGUUUGCGACACAGUCAUCAGAUUACAGCUGGCUUGGCUGUUAACACUGGCUUGAAUAGAGCACAAAUGCACAUUUGCGUGCAGCUGUUCACAUGUGUGGAGUAAUAUGUGGAAACUGCUGAUAGCUGUUGAGGAGGCAGGUUGAGGCGUGCUUGGUAGAAAGACACUAAAAACCUCGACUGGAACAGAUGGCUGGAAGGCCUCUCCUUACUAUUCAGAGCUUUGGGAUCUGCCACUAUUUGUCAUUACACAGUGGGUUACAAAACAAGCCACUCCAGUAUAAAUAAGGCUAAUACAGGCGCAAACACUGUUUUGAAAGUUAUGAACAGGAUGAAUUAAUAUGAGUCUGCCGAUGCUCCAUCACAUAAUGCCUGUUUAAAGCUGCAUAUAAAUAAAUGCUGAGUGACUGCAGGGCACACCGGGAAUUCUUUUGGUUUUCUUUGUAGGUUUGUUCCAAAGGAUUCAACUGAAGCUGAAGUAUGUGAACUUGAAUACUUAUUAUUCAGGUUAUUCGGAAGUUAACAAUCACAAUUGCGCAUUGAAAUAGAACAAAUGAUCACUUUAUAAAAGCAGCGUGAAGCAUUAAAUCUGUGAUUUCUGUUUCUUUGCCAUGUUUCUGCUUUCUGUGACCUGUUAGCUGCUACAACAGAAGAGAAAAACACUGAAGGGUAUUUUUAUUCAUCUUCAACAUCUCAGCUAACUGCAAUAUAAUAUAUAAUGUGACACUGUAUACAUAGUUAAUAGUAAUAAAAACCUGUUUUGCAGAAAGUACUUUUACUAUUUAUAUAUAUAUACACUUACCAUCCACUUCACUAGGGACACCUGUUCAACUGCUCAUUAACACCAAUCACCAGUCAACCAGUCAACUGGCAGCAACUCUAUGCAUUUAGGCUUGUGGACAUGGUCGUAACAACCGACUGAAGAAUGGGGAAGAAAGAUCUGGGUGACUUUGAACAUGCUGGCGUUGUUGAUGCCAGACAGGCUGGUCUGACAAUUUCAGAAGUUGCAGAUAUGCUGGGAUUUUCCCACUUAACCAUAAGUAUUUUCUCCAUAAAAGAGAAAAUAUAGAAAAUGUCUUGUUGAGGUCAGAGGAGAAUGGCCAGACUGCUUCAGCCUCUUGGGAACACUCAAAGAACAUUACAACCAAGGUGUGCAGAAGAGCAUAUCUUCUUGAACCUUAAAGCAGAUGGGCUACAAUAGCAGAAGACCACACGUGGUUCCAAUCCUGUCAGCUAAGAACAGGAAACUGAGGCUAUCAUCACACAGGUUCCCCAAAAUUGGACAAUAAAAGAUUGGUAAAAUGUUGCCGAUCUGAUCAGAUGGUAGGGUCAGAAUUUGGUGUUAAUAACAUGAAAGGUUGCAUCCAUCCUGCCUGGUAUCAGUGGCUCAGGCUGGUGGUGAAGAUAAGUGUGAGGGAUAUUUUUUGGCACAUUUUGGGUCACUUUGCAUCAUCUGAGUAUCAUUUAAACACCAAAGCGUACCCGAGUAUUGUUUCUGACACACUGUACCCAUCUUCUGAUGGUUGCUUCCAGCAGGAUAAAGCGUCAUGUCACACAACCCGUUCUCACUCCCAAAUCGUAACAUUUUACGCUAGGUGACAAAUCGUCAACAUAUUACGUUUUUGGGCACCCAAGGCGUUCCUACGUCACGACAUCGGAAAACUGCGGACACAUGAGAACCGUUUGGACUCAAUCUACACAUCUUCGCUUUUUCCCUUAAAAUCGCUUUAGAAAACA